AUGACAAUUUUUGACGAUGAUGAUGAUGCGGAGCCACAACUGAAGGUCGUUGACAACUACUAUUUUGUGAAAGCCAAGAACGAGUUUGUUUGUUUCAGCACCUUGCCCCUUAAGUUUGAUGAAAAUGAUAAAGUCUCCGGGAAGGGUAUCUACUUGCGUCGAUAUUCCACAGAUGGCGCCCCUGCGGUAUACAAGCAGGUUGUAGCUUGGACAGUAGCACUUAACCGUGAGCAGCCAAAGAUCUCAGUGCUUUCAAGUGAGGGCUAUUGGAUAGAAUUGGAUCUAUUGAAACCACGAAAAAUCUAUUGGAAGUUUGCUCGAUCAGCAUUAACGACAGUUCAAAUGCUCCACUUUGUCAAAAGGCAACCCAGAAAACCGAUGAUAAGUCUUUCUGUUCACCUUCGUGAAGUAUUCAGUAAAUUUGAAACGGAAGAGAUGGAGAAUGCUUUAGGGAAACACCAUCACAUAAUCAAGCGAUGUGCAGAGAGGGAUCCUGCUUUAAUGAGGUCAAAGGUUCUGCAAAGCUUUAUCAAUGACACUUCUGGGAAAUACUUUGAGUGCAUAUUAAGGAGUCUGAGCACCAAGGAGUCAUUCAUUGUUGUUGCUGAGCCUCUUGCAAGUGGGGGUAAAGGCAAUUGCGAUACAGAUAGUGAUGGCAACAUAAUCGGCGAUGAUGGUGAUGGUACUGAGCCAAUAUGUGCAAUAUGUGACGAAGGAGGAGAAUUACUUAGCUGUAAAGGUCGAUGCAAGAGAGCCUUCCAUCCUACAAUAGAAGCUGGCAGAAAGUCUAAAUGUGUAACACUUGGUUACACUGCUGUACAAGUAAAGGAAAUGAAUAAGUUCAUAUGCGAAAACUGUAGAUAUGAACAACACCAAUGUUUCAAAUGUGGAGAACUCGACUCGUCUCAUGAGCCUAAUGCCAAGGUCUUUCAAUGUUGUAAACUGUUUUGUGGCCACUUCUACCACCCCAAGUGCGCUGCAGAAUUACUUCAGUCUGACAGUAAUGGAGCCUGUGAGUUGGAGAACAAGAUUGCAGCUGGGAUGCCAUUUCCAUGUCCUGUACAUUGGUGCUCCAGACCUGAUUGUAAAAAAAUGGAGGAAGGGACUGAAAGAGCAAUGUGGCUUGCUGGCUGCAGACGUUGUCCAAAGUCAUAUCACUUAGAUUGUUUGCCAAGGGAGAUAUGCUUUAAGUAUGGUAACAGGGGUAUACGUGCUUGGUUUCUAUCGGAAAGAAACCUAUCUAAAAGACUCAUCAUUUACUGCACAGACCAUGAGAUAGACCCAGCUAUGGGAACACCUUGCAGGGAUCAUAUAAAGUUCCCUGCUCUUGUAGAAAACAAAGGUCAUGGUUCAACAGAAUCCACAAAGUUUCAGCACUAUGAGAGGAAACCAUUGUGUAGAAUUUUGAUGAUGGUCCUGAGGACUUUGAAGAUUCUGCCAAACCAGGUAAGAACCUCGUCUGAUCAUGUUGAUCCCAUGGCUGAACCACUAUUAUUUUUAUUGUUACAUUACUUAAUUCCCUAG